AAUGUCAUCAUCUGGCGGCCAUCACUUUAAUCCUCUGCAGGCAACCCAAUUUUCGCAAGGAAGUGGCAGCGUAUGUGGACGAACAAAAUCAAUCGUAAAGGUUCCAUCAGUGAGCCAGCCUCCCAGAAAGUUGGAUCAAGAUUACUACAAGGAGAAGAUUCGAAAGAGUUUGAGGAUCAGUGAUAAUAAUGCUAGCUGGAAGUGUCUCCGUCGGCGUAUGAUACGGCCUGGGUGGCAAUGGUGCCGGCCGGGGAAUAUUCCGGCAGGCCUAGGCCUCGUUUUCAGCAGUGCCUCCAAUGGGUAAUGGAAAACCAGAAUGGGGACGGGUCAUGGGGACUCAAUCCAGGUCACCCCUCCCUCGUUAAGGACUCACUUUCACGCACUCUGGCAUGCGUCCUCGCCCUCCGGACAUGGAACCUCGGCCACCGCCUUCUCCGACAAGGUUUGGAUUAUAUUGGAUCAAAUGCUUGGGCUACCUCUUCUGCUGAUCAGAUAUCUCCAAUUGGAUUUAAUAUCGUGUUUCCCGCCAUGGUUGAUCAUGCUCUCGAACUGGAUUUAACUCUUCCAUUAAGCCAGAGCCUGAUUGAUUCACUCAUUCGCAAUCGAGAUUCUGAAAUUAGGCUUUGCGGAAGAAAUUAUGGUAACUUGGGGUAUGUUGCUGAAGGACUUGGCGACUAUUGUGAUUGGAAGCAGCUCUUGAACAAUCGAAGAAGUAAUGGCUCGUUGUUCGACUCGCCGGCCACCACUGCUGCUGCUCUGAUUCGAUGCCCUGAUGAUCGUAAAAGCUUUCAAUACUUGGCUACGGUUGUCGACUCUUUUGGUGGAUGGGUACCGUCUGUCUAUCCUAUGCACAUGCAUACUCAUCUCCGCCUAGUCGACACUAUGGAAAGGUUGGGCGUCGAUCGCCAUUUCAGAGAAGAGCUUCGCAUUAUUCUUGAUGAAAUAUACAGGGGUUGGCUGGCGAAAGACGAAGGGAUAUUUUCUGAUAUCAGUUGUCUAGCCAUGGCAUUUCGACUGCUACGAACUAAUGGAUAUGAUGUCUCAUCAGAUGAAUUGGCUGCUUUUGUUGAUGAAGAGGACUUCUUUGGUACAUGUGGGAUACAAAACACCAGCGUCGCGACAUGUCUAGAACUCUACAGAGCUUCACAAGUGAGAAUAUACGAAGAAGAACCGGUUUUGGAGAAAACUCUUACAUGGACUAGAGAGUUUCUGAAGCAACAAGUGUUGAACCAAAACAUUCCUGACAAGAAACUAUGUACAGAGGUGGAACAUGACCUGAGGAAUUUCUAUGGGAAACUUGAUCGAGUUAGUCAUAGACGAAGCAUUGAAUUAUAUGAUGUCGAAGAAUUCCAAAUGCUAAAAACGGCAUAUAGGUGUCGUACAAUUUACAAUGACGACCUUGCCAUGUUCGCAGCGCAAGACUUCAGAAUGUCCCAAGCACAGUACCAAGAAGAACUAACACAAGUUCAGAAGUGGUUCGUCGACUGCAAUAUGGAUAGCAUGAAACAAUCGAGGGACACUUGUCUAGUAUCUUCAGCAUUUGCUGCUGGUGUUAUGGCUGACACUGAAUUAGCCCAGGCUCGUAUAGCCUUCGCUCAAUGCUCAAUUCUCUUAACUUUGAUUGAUGAUUUUAUCGAUAAUUAUGGAUCCAAAGAAGAGUCGAUCCGCCUUGUAGAGUUAUUAAGGAACUGGGAUAAGCAGAAUCUGGAGGAGAUCUCUUACAGCUCUAGAGAAGUAGAGAUAAUGUAUACUGCAUUAUGCAAAAACAUGGACGAACAUGCCGAAAAGGCUUAUGCUGUGCAAGGCCGUUGUGUUAAGCAUGAACUGCACAAAUUGUGGCUUGAGUUACUUAUGGAGUUCCUAAAUGAGAAGGGUUGGGGAGACAAAAAGAUUACAGCCAUGGAUCAAUACAUUUCCACUUCUUGUAUAACUGGGGGCUUCAAAAUCUCUUUUGUUACAGUCAGUUAUUUCCUAGGACACAAAAUUCUCGAGGACGUAUCUUCAAGUCCCGAUUUCAACACUAUGUUCUACCACACAUGCUUGGCCGGUCGACUCCUCAACGACAUCAAGACUUACAAGAGGGAACAGGAAGAAGGUGUCUUGAACAUCAUCUGCAUGCUUACAGCUGGAGGAUCUUUGUCAGAGGAGGAAGCCGUUUCGAUGGCACAGCGAAUGCAAGAAGACAGUCAGAGAAAAGUUUGGCAAAUGGUUUGUCUGAGUAAAGGCAACAUGGUUCCUAGAAGAUGUCAAGAAUUCUUGUGGGCGCUAUGUAAGAUGGCUAACUGGCUGUACAAUGAAGAUGGAGGGGAUCAAUUCUCGUUUCCAGAUCAAAUUGUCGACGAUAUUAACGCAUUGAUUUGGGAGCCACUCGAGCUUCCUCAUAUUAUUCAAAGUUGAAGGUGGUGAAGAUGAUGAAUGUAGAUGGUUAAUUGGGUUGUUUUUUUUUUUUUUUAAUGCAAUUUAUGUAA